AUAACAGUUGAGCAAAAUGUUAAUAUUUUUAUGAUGCCGAAAACAUAUGUUUGAUGAACGAACCACAAUCAGGGACUUAAUUUAACAACACACGAUGGAAGAUCCGCUGAAGCCGAAGCCAGUGCCACUGGCGGCCGAAACAGUAUUGUGGUUUGAGUUUUUGCUCGACCCAAACAAAAUUACACAGCACUUGCAAUGCAAGAAUCCCGAGCCGGGUGCCGUGGAGCUAAUCAUGCAGUUCAUCAGCAUGACGCCAGACACGGCAAUAGCAUCCACUGUUGUCACACCGGGCAGCGAUCUGCAGAAUAUGUCCAACGUCAGCGUGGGCGCCAAUCCAGCCACACCCGCAGCCUCCGCCGUGCUCAAUGUACCGCCCCCAAUCCAGCAAAGGCAGCCGGAAUUGCAAUUGACGCGCAAGCAGCUGGCGCUCAAGAUUUUGGAAUUAAAAGUAGCCACUUGGCUGCGGUGGAAUUUGGAUGUGCUGGAGAAUGGUCUGCCCGUAUUGAUGCAGCUGGCUCUGUUGCGGGAUUUAUGCACCAUUAGCUACGGACGCGCCAUCAGCAUUCCAUUUGCCAGUGAUUUCGACAUGAAGAUUUCAACCACUUGUGGAAAUGAGCGCGCUGCCCGCUUUGCACUCACCAUCUACCAUCGGAUGAUACUCCGGCUGCAGCUCAUCAAGGAUGUUGCACUGAAGGCCCCUCGUCCCCAAAUGUUUCCAGCCGCGGAUCAGCUGCAAUUAUUUAUGGACACGCCCACACAGCCUUCGAUUGAAUAUUUGGAGCAGCUGUGCUCGACGGCCAACAACAAGCUGUUCCAUGUCUUCCACUAUGAGAGCUUUGUGACGCUGCAGUGCGAUAAUUUAGAGACCGCCCAGAACUAUGACAUGAUGCACCUCAUCACGCCACAGGAGUUGCGCGCUCAGCUGCAAUAUGAGCUGGCCAAUUACUACCUCCAUACCAAGCAGUAUGUGCUGGCGCGUGAAUCGGCCGCCGCCUGCAAUAGCAAUCUGCAAGCGUUGCCACCGGGAGCAACGCUCUACUUCUGUCACAUUCAGCCCGCGGAGCUGGAAGGACUGUUGCAGGCGUGUGGCAUCAGUGCUCAGCAGCACACGCUGCUCGAACGAUUCCAUCAGUCGCUGCUCAACAACUUUGCGGACAUUGUGUCCAUAUUGCAACUGGACAAUCGGGCGCGAGAGAUUCCACUGGUGAGCAGGCGCAACGUCGAGCUGGACAUUGAGGCCGCCAUUUCCAAUGGCCUGCUCAAGGAGACGCGUCAACUGCUGCUGCAUGUGGCCGCAUUGAAUGUGGUGCGCACCAUCUUCGAGUGGGGCAACAUCUUUGGCAGCGUUGAGUACUUUGAGAAGUAUCGCGACAUGGACUACUUGCCGCCCAUUAUGGAGGCCAUGCAGGAGGCUCUGAAGCACUGCAGCCAGUCGGAACAGACGGCCCUCAAGCAUUUCCUCAUUGAUUGCCUGCUCUAUCAACAGCAACAGCAGCAGCUGGAGCAGAGCCGGCAGCUGCUCCAUACAGCCCGUGGCAUGGGCAUUUUCAGUAAGGAGGAACUGCUCGAUUUGGAGGAGCAGCUGGUGCAGGCGGCGUUGCCCAUACUCAGUAAUUCAAUGGCCACACUCAACGAUUGGAUUUGUCAUUCGAAAAUGACUCGCGUGGAUGUUGCCGCUUUGGAGCGUCAGUUGAUCACCUGUACGAAUGCGAAUAGCGUGCGGAUUCUGCUGGUUAAGCUGUGUAGCACGGCUCCGGAGAAGCCGCUGUGGGCCAUCAAUCCCAGCUGGGAUGUGCCCCAUCCAUUGAAGACGCUGAUCAUGGCAAUGCCGGUGAGCUUCCUGCAAGACUUCAGCUAUGUGCUACUGGGUAAGGCACGGGAGCUGGCGGCACGUGGCAACUACAUCGAUGCGGUAUCCAUGCUGAGCGUGCUCAAGUCGGAGACACAGCGCCAGGAGCUUGGCGCAAGCGUUCAAAUAAUGUGCAAGCUGAUCACAUGGGAAAUCCUGCAUAUACAGAUCACACAAAGCCUGGACGAAUGGCACCAGAAGCCGCUCGAUCUGCAGGCUCUGGGCACACGUUGCAAGCAGUGUUUGGGCGCAUUGCAGGCGGGUGAUUCGAUGAUGCCGCGACUGGAGAUACUCGAGAGUUGCGCCAUCAUGCUGCUCAAUCUGACCGACUUUCCGCCGCUGUUGUAUCUGGACAAGCGAGUGCAGCAGCUGGAGUUGCCGUUGGCCUUCGCGGCGACCUUCAUAGAGAUGGAGAAGAUGAAGGGACCGAAGAAGGUGUGUCGCGAUGCUUGGGAAUUGAUGUUGAGCAUGUUCCUCAAUGUGCCCAAGCGGGCAUCCUCAACGGGCGCUGGCAGCGGUGCCAGCAGCUCACUCCAGGCAUUCCUGCAGCGUGUCCGGCAUCAGAGUGUCUUUGGCUUAGCCAUUUCCAUGCUUGGCAAGAUGCACAAUAUAUUGAAGGAUGAUCCUAAUCACGAUUUGAGCUGCGAAUACAUGCAGCUCUGGCCCACCAGCAUUAACAAUCCAAACAGCUAUAGUUUGAGGAGCGUUUGCGAGACGCUUCAGUGGCUACUGUCCGAGGCACUUAGCCACUAUCCGCAGACCAUCUCGUGGCUGAAGAUGAAGGGCGACCUGGAGCUGGCCAUUGGCAACAAUGAGUCCGCAAUGCGUUGCUAUGUGAAUGCUCUGGUCACCGGCACCGAUUAUUGCACGAUGCCGCUGCAGCGGAAUGUCGCCGAUGAUUAUGUGAUUAGAAAGAUGAUACGGUGUGCCGCCAAUUUGGGCUGUCACAUGCAGGCCACCGUACUGUGUCAAUUUCUUGAGGAGAUCGACUACGGCAUUGUCUUCAAGAAUCUCAGUGAAAAAUCAUCGAAUUUCACGGACGCCAUGGAUGCAUAUUACAGCUGCAUUUGGGAUACGACGCUUCUCGAAUUUAUUGUUAAUCUGCAUGCGAAACGUGGCGAACAUAGUCGCAAACUGGAGGCGAUCUCUAUGAUGGGCACCUUGGAGCUGAAUGCCAACAACAAUGAGGAGAUCCGACGUGAGAGCGCCAUGGUGCGAAAGUCGCGCUUCCUGCGCGCCCUGGCCAAGCAGUAUUUGCUGUAGUCGCAGCCCAUCCUCCCCUGAAACUAUGACCAAGCCCACACACAAAGAAGACCAAUUAGGAAUAAGUUGAAACAAGUUUUUUUGUAAUCGUACCAAGAUAGUCUUAUGUAAGCUUAAAGUUUUAGCCAAUUAGUACAUGUGGUUUAAAUUAAAAUUAAACAUGUAAUUUUUCGUGUA